ACGAAAAAGAGAAUGACGCAUAGAUAUGAACAUGGGUGGAGAAAAACGAGCCUCCAAAGAUAUUGUCUGCCUAAACCGACGGUAAGAUAGUAGGGGCAAAGUCGUCAGCACAGUCCAUGUGUGUGGAUGGCAAAACAACCCGAAAGAACAACGGUAACGGCACAAGUACGACAAUGGACCUAGGAAUAGACUUCACAGGUAUAAUGUUUUUUUUUUUUUUUUUAAAGUUUUGUUAAUGUUAACUGUUGAUAGAACAUACUUUGGCAUUGACAGUAAAGUAAACCUCGUAGCAAUCUGUUGAGAAAUGAGAAGGUUACGACUUAAUUUCAAGACCAAUGCAUUGCCGUUGAUGCGAAAGUCGCCCCUGUCAACAUGGCCGCUUCAUAGACACUUCGGUUAGCCGGACCUGUCUACGUUCCCCGGGAGCCUUGAAUGUGCGCCUCAGAGCAACAGGAACAUGGACUCCACCAGCCCUGGGAGUGACUUCGUAUCUCCAGAGUCAACGGUGACUACGCUGCUGUCAAGCUCUGGACACUUUAGGACCAGGCUGGUGACACCAGAGUUCAACUCAACCUUCAGAUACAGAGAGAAGGAAUAUGACUCCGCCUCGGCAGCUCUGGAUGCCUACAUCGCAGACUUUGACAGAUGUCUACACACGGAGUCAUCAGGAACGCUGGGUCUGGCUCUGCCACCAAAUCCAUUGUCCACCCCGAGAAGACCUAGAAUGAGCACACCAAGAAACAAAGCUGCUCUCAGGGAACGUUUAACUGACAGGGAGGUGGAUUUCCUGACCCUCCCCGUCAGUUCCCUCCGUCACCGCGACAACCACGACAGACUUUCGAUGACGACCGACGAACUGCUGUCCAUCCCCCGUGAUGGUUCCAUGCCUGUCACCCACACAACUGCCUUCAUCCGAGGUUGCCCGUCUCAGUCUGCAGCCUCUCAGGCCCGUGUUUCCUCCGAGCCAGGGUACCGAGCAAGGGAUAACAUAUCCCACUCGCAUUUAAGCAGGAAGUGCAGCAGCUCAAGGUGCAAUCGAGAACCCGAGGUUUCCACUUUGAAACAAGAUGUCCCCUUUGUCAGAUGCUUAACAUGUGCGCACAGAGCAGCGAGGUCAGAGCAGGUAUUGCGGUCUCCGUCGCCCCGCUUACCGCGCAGGCUCCGUGGGAACGAGGCGGACGUAGGCCGCACCGGAACCGGUAAUGUGCCUGCCUGGAUCCGAGACCGUGAGCCACUACCCCCGUCUGAGGUCUACGUUUGUGACAAGCUUGGUGUUGUUCCAUCAGAAGGACCAAGAACCAGAGCACCAUCUUGGUUAGGAGACACAAAGGACGAUGCUGCCAUGACACCUAAUCAGGGUGACACCCAGCAGACUCUGAGAGAUCUGAGGCUCCAGUUAGCUGAACAGAUCUCUUUGAUUGCCUCAGACAGAGAAAGCUCCCACUUCUCGGAAUUUCUUUGGAAAGACAACCGGCUAGAGUCACUGAUCCAAAAAGCGGAUCAAGUGCUGAACUCGCUCUCUCAGAGUUUUGGAGGAGCAGACAGUCUUGCAGGUUCAGUUCGCAGUGAUUCCGUGAAUCCAGUGAACGGUGAAGAAAUGCAGCUCAGUUCGAUUUCGCAGGGUCCCCUGCUCCCAAUAGACUUGACGGGAGCGGCACAGGGCAUCACUGAGGCGCUGUCGGAGCAAACCACCCAGGAUCGCAGUCACGACGGGAGCGGCAUCUGGAAACAGCCCGGUCCGUUGGAGGCUCUGAAACAAAUGAUGUUUCGAAUGCAGGCGGUGGAGGCGGAGCUUCACCGACAACACAAACCACCGAUUGUUCCAACUGGCAAUAAGGAAACUCAUAGGAGGCCUGAAAGUGAAGCAGAACAGAGUUUAUCUGGUGCACCAUCACUGCAAAGUUUCCACCCUCAGGGCUCUGCAUCACCUCAGUCGCCUGAAGCUGCUGUUGGAGGAACCGAGAGAAAAGCAUGACGAGCGGGACAAGGAUAUAGAUGAAGGACGCUACUCGUCUUUGUCUGCCGACAGACUCACCGGUUCGCAGCAGUAUUGCCAUUAAAGAUGGAAACCCUGUCAGAUGGCUAUUUUUCGAGUCAGGGUCAGCUGGAGCUUCUCAAUGUUGUUUCAUAGUUUGACUUCAUUUUAGUUAUGUCGAGCAAGCCCGAGGAGCAGAUGGAUGAAAGGUUUUUUGUUUCGGGUGAAAGUGCGAUACAGCACAUCCAACGAUACCCAUCGAUGCAGAAGUACAACAUAUCGAAUGGGGAUUGAAGGCCAAUAGUUUUGGGCAAAAAAAAUGGAAUAUUAGUCAAUUGUACACCGGAGUGAAUUAUUGCAAUAGAAAUGGGAAUAGGGAAAUGUUUGUUCACCAGAGACGGAACUUUGUAAAAUCCUUUUGUACGUAGGUUAAAAUGCAUAAAAUCGCAUUUUUACAGCCCACUAUUUAACCUUCAUUUUUUGAUCCAGGUAAGGAAGUUGAGAAGAAUGCUGACCUUGCUGCAGAGUCAAGCAAAACUUAAAGCUGUUUGAUUAAAUGCCACAAAGCUCUACUAGCAGCUCUUUAAGAGCCCCGUCGGCGCUAACCCAGAAUGCGUUAAAUCAAUUCUCAAACCAAGUGAGCCAAGUGUCGAUAGCGUUCAAACUGGUUUCAAUAUGUUCAAGUGUACAGCUUGUAUUCUUGAUUUCUGCGUUCAUACCUUAAUUAUCUGGAAAAACAGCAACACAUCACAGUGCCAUCAACUUCAGUUACGGUUUGCAUACGGCCAUCGUCAACAAAAAUACAGUAUACUCAUUUCGAACGCUUAGCGGUCGAUUUGAUCAGUUUCUUUUCCGUAGUGGAAGAGUGAGGCUUUUCUUGGCAGUAUUCGUAGAGUUCAUUUGAAUUGCUCGCGUUGCCAGGGCUAUCGAGGAUUUUGAAAUUUGAGCCUGCACUUUGCAUCCAUGCCCAUAACACACAGUUGAUCGCAAAGCUAUCGAGGCUGCGUUUCUCGCAGCACUUUUUUCAACACGGAUGCUAACAGCACAAGUAUUGAGGCCAUACUACAUUCGAUUCAAAUGUACCGUGACCUUCGUGAAUGUCGUUGAGCGGCUGAGCCAGAGCCCGGACUUGAAUCCGUUGGAACAUCUCUGGAAAGACCUAAACGCGGCUGUCCACCGACGCGGCCCAUCCGACCUGACUGACCUUAAGAAGAUCGGCCGAGAAGAGUGAGAGAAAAUGUCCCAAAACAGCUGAGCCAAGCUUGUAGAGACGCACCCGAGAAGACUUGUGGUUGCUGCCAAUGGCGCUUCAACAAAAUAUUAAGCCACUGGUGUGAUUACUUAUGUGCCUAUGAUGUUUCAAUGUUUACAUUUGCAUAACUGUCUGAAAAUAGGUUUUUACUUAGUCGUGACAGGAUAUUUUAUGGAGAAGUAAACUACUCAAAUCAGCUUUAGAAUAAGUCCGUCACAUAGCAAAGUGCGGAAAAGGUGAAGGGGUGUGAAUACUUUCUGGUGGCACUGUAGAUCCAUCCAUCCAUCCAUCCAAUCUUAUUACACACACACAAAGUCCGAAAACAUGCCUGGGGUGUGCAACCAUCUUGACUGUAAUUGUUGAAUUGUUUAGCAGUCGAAUAAAUGACACUUUCACGUGGGUAUUUUGUUUUCCACUUCA